CCACACGUGACCCGUGACCACGUGACGGCUGACCACGUGCCCCCGCUGCAGCUGGGCCGGCAGCACACGGCGCUGCACAAGCUGAACGGCGCGGCCACGCUGCUGACGUUCCUGGGCUGCCGGGUGCUGCUGUUCCCCUACCUGUACUGGGCCUACGGCCGCCACGUGGGGGCGCCGCUGCUGCGGGUGCCGGCGCUGCUGCCGCCGUCCUACAACGCGGCGGCGCUGGCGCUGCUCGCCCCGCAGCUCUACUGGUUCGCGCUGCUCUGCCGCGGCGCCUGGCGCCUCUUCGGAGCGCGCGCCGCGCGGCCGCCCUGAGCGCGGGGGCGGCGGG